AUGGAGGUCAAAAUUGAUAAAAAAGAAAUUCAUAAUAUUCCUGCUGUUCCUACAGCCCCUCCACCGCCGACACUGCGAAAUGAAAUAUCUUUGAGCCAUGGUAAAAACCUUAUGAAGUCUGCAGCUAGUUUAAUUGGCAACGGAGAUGAUAAAAUCAUGAAAGAAUGUGCUUUAAAUGUAUGUCAAAACUUUCUGCAUCGCUAUGAGACUGAUGGUUGUAAUUUAUCAUGGUUUUAUCAUAACAACGAUGUUCAAGCGUUCCUUCAAGAUGGACCAACGUAUGUCAUGUGGUGUAUGAAAUGCAUAUUAAUAUGUCAAUAUUUGUAUCAAUUAUGGAUUUAUUGCUAAAGUUCUAUAUAUUAAAAUAUUCCAAAAUGACGUCACAAGAAUCAGGAUUGAUUUGGGAUUAGGAUUACAAGGAUUAGUUUGGGACUAAAAAUCACUGCAUUCACAGUGAAGUUUUUGAUAUGGAAAUUGCCCCCAAUUAUCAAAUUAAUUCAAUUAUCUAUUUUGCUAAUUAUAUCAAACCCAGAUCAGUGAUCAAACCAUUGGCAAAUGUAAAAGGAUGUUGACACCUCCCACUUUGGACCUCUAUUUCAAUAUUAUCUGUAUAUUUAGCUCAAUCACAUGGAUUGUUAAUGUCGGGGUGAAAAAUUUGAAGCAAAGGCCCUUCAUCACAAAGAUAGUAAUUAUUUACCUUUUCCCAAGUAAAAUGUCCCCACUCAUUGUUUUAGUUGUGGAUUAGUUGCUCUAAAACUUGCUGCAGAUAUUCUGAAAAUCUCUCCAUCAAAAUCCACCAAAGAAAUUGAAGACCUU